AUCAAGUUGCGAAAACAAGACGAUUUCACCACUGAUUCACCAGAAAACCAUGUUGUUUUACUUAAAAGCAUGCAUACACUAGAACCGAAAGUCAGCAUAAAGUUUGAAAUGAUAUAUGCCAAGAUGAAAAAUGUAAAAGACCAAUGCUUAAAUGUUAUUAUUGCAAGUCAUAACCCUUGACUUUUCUUGCUGACGAGAGAACAAUGAGUCAACCGAAAUCAAUGAAGUUGCCGACUGCAAGGAUGCCACCAGUGAAGGCAAUGCUUGAGAAAGGAAUCCCAGGCUUGACGACACUUGAUGCUAUUAUAACAGACUUGGAUCAACAGUUAGAGGCAAAGAAUAAACAAAUGGCAGACUGUCUGAAAGGUAUUGUGAAGACAUGUAACGACAUGCCAGGCAACAAGCAGUCAGACAACCCUAAAGAUUGUAUUACCUAUAUGUUAGAUUCACACUUACUGGAGAAAGAUUCCUGUUAUGAUCCAGAGUCUGAUGAUAUAAAUACAAUCUUAAGUCAUGUGUCCAGUACUCUUCAACAAACACCAGGAAGUGAAGAGAUAAUCUUCCAGGAUUUAUUAUCCCUGUCAUCUUGUCAGGGGCUGACAUUACCACUAAAAUCGUCCAAUAAAGAUCCUCUACAAUCCAUGACAUCACUGAACACUGUCACCGAUAGUGUUGAACAGCAAGUGUCGGAAGAAUGGGAACACAUAGCUCGGCGCUUCCAGCAAUAUUUUCAACAUUCCUUAGAAAAUAUACCAGUCAGUGCAAAACCAUUAAGUAUAGAUUUAUAUGAGAAAAAGCGGGUGAACCAUUUACAGAGUCUGUCUGUUUUAUUUCCUACAGAAGAUGUACUAGUGAAAUAUCAGACACUGAGGUCACUACAACUUGAUCAGUGUUUUCAAAAUUUACUUGCUGGCGUUAAUGCUGAUAAUUUCAGUUCCAUUGAUGUGACGAAGAAUUGCUGCUACUUAGCAGACAUCAUAUUGAAAAUGAUCAAGGAAGAUUUCAUUGUUUUCAAUUCUGGAGUUUUCAAAAGGUCUUUUAACAUUGCUCGAGCCAUGCAUGAUAUGUAUUUGGAGAAAUAUUCAGAUGAAAUGUCAGCCCUUGUAGAGGACAUUUGGGAAGACAUCGAAGAAAUUAUGAAUAAGAAGUCGUCAAAAAAUAGUAGCAAAGCCAAGCUUUCUGUCAGAAAUGUGAGCAGCGAUUCUCUGCCAUCAACUAAAAGCUUUAGCAGUAUAACAGCAGCUAUGGACAAACUACCUCGAGACUAUAUAGCUUCUAUUGUAAAUGUAGUCAACUCAAUACUUUACAUAGAGGAACACGUUGAAAAGUUAAUACAGACAUCGGCAUGGGAUUCAUCAGGGUUACCUAGUAGGAAGAUUAAAAGGAAAGGAAGCUUAAAAGGUGUAUUAAAAACCAGUUCUAGUCCAGAGCCACCCAGAAGACCAAUGAGUUAUACAGGUACUGGUCUAGAGGACUUUACUGAUAGUCUGAACUCAUCAUUUGGGUCUUAUCCUGGAUUGUCAGAUAAUACUCCAGCACCAAAAGUUGUGGAAAAAUCCAGAGAAGAAAGACUUCGUUGGGAAUGGAAGUUAAUGUUUAAAAAGAUAGGUCAUGACCUUGCUCAGUUUGUCAAUAAUCAAAUACGCAAUCAGUUUAAAGUUUCAUUGGAUAAAGAACUGGCUGACUGGACAAAUCUUCAUGUCCUAGUUACUAAACCUGUCAAAGAAGAGUUGUGGGGAGGAAAACUGGAUUAUCCCAAAUUUGUUACCAAGGCUGUGUUAGAUUUUAUGAAUGAAUUGGACUUCUUGUUACCCUUCGCUAAAGCAGGUUAUGAUGGUGCACUGCAUUCUGUUAGAACAGCCUAUGUUGAUUCAGUUUGUUUAUGUUUACAGAACUUACAUGUUCAUUUGACAAAGUUAUGCAGUGACAUUCCUAGAAAUGCUCCAAUGAAAAGCCUGUAUGCUAUUCUGUCCAGUGCAGCUUAUGUCAGAAAUCAGUUAAAUUAUUAUGAGACAGUUUUGGUCCCAGAAGAAAGCAGUAAGAAGAUAUUUGCAGAACCCCAUAAGAAGUUUGUUGAAGUUGUAGAUGUUGUCACUAAACUAAUGAUAGAAAUACAUAAGAAUUAUAUGGCUACAAGUAUACUACAUGAUGCUGAAAGUUAUAACUGGGCAGACAUGAAGGACUUCCAUGAGGGAGAGAGAUGUUCAUAUCCAAUACAGAUGUGGAAUUAUCACAUGAGAGGUCUUCAGUAUGAUUUAUGGACUAUGUGUCCACCGCGACUUGGUCAGAAAAUAUUUGGUGAAAUUUUACAGGAAUCAUUACAGAUAUUGGGACAAAGAUAUGCUCAUGCUCAGCCUUCCUAUAAACGCAUUCCUCAGUUCAGAUGUGAUAUUAUUACUGUUUUGUUGUGUACAGUAGAGAUGUUAUUUCAUUCUUGUCGAUCAUUGUACCAGAUUUUGGACGUAGGUGAUUCACAUAUCCCACACUAUAACAUACAGAACCUGUGUACUACAUUACUAUCAACCAUGGCUAUUGUCAGCUCACCACUGGAAAUUCUUUAUAGAGAAUUUAAGAAAGGGUACAUGGAAAAGACCCAGAGAGGUGGUCAGUUUUCUCCAGUGGCCAACACAACAGGUACAAAUACUGAUUGGUUGUCAUGGAUACAACCAGGAGUUUUCCAGAGAGGAUUAAAACAGUAUGAUGUAAUGCAGACAACCACUGCAGUAUACAUACAAUGUAAAUUAUUACUUACUCAACCAGAAAUAGAUUGGGCAAUGACACUUCAGUCAUUGGUGAUGAAAGAUUAUACCUUAGCUAUCUUAGUUUUGACACAGUGUGUGGCAGGAGAAGAUGGACAUACAGUGACUGGGUCCUUGGAAAAUGUCAAAAAAACAUUCCAAUGUAUGACAAGGGUCUUAUCAGAGUGUCCACACUUCCCUGAUGCAGUGGCUAAGACAAUCCUACCUGUCAUUGACAGAUGCAAUGACUGGAAAGUAUUUGAACCAAAAACAAUGCCAGGAAAAGAUUUCAUUAUUCCCGUGUGGAUGGAGUCAUUGUUUGAAUUAAUGGAACCAUUUGUAUUGAGAGUCUUGCAGCCAUUGUUGGAACAUAUUUUAAUAGAAACCCAUCCGAAACCAAACAUUCGACCAAUAAUGUCAGUAAUAGCUGAUCUUCCUUGUGGCUGUCAACCCCAUACAACUACUACCUCAAAGCCAAAGAAAGGAGAUGCUACAAAAGAGUUGAUAGACACCUGUCUGACUUUACUUCUUGGACAAAUAACAGAAGAUAUAUUUGUAUUACCUACAUCUCUUUGUAUCUUACUGAAAAUGAUCCAAGAAAGAUGUUCAUCUAAUGGUAUCAAGACACCGCAUCAAAGUGCUGGUCUAAAGGUUUUGGCUAUGUGUUUGAGGUCUGCUUUGAUGGAUAAGAACUUCAUCGAGAGAACCACAGGAGUAUCACCAACUGAGAGUCAAGAGGAACAUCUGACAACAUUAGCAGAAUGUAUCUACUAUGUACUGGUCAGCACAAAAGCUAAAAGUAGCAGUACACCAAAACUUGGAGGAAAGUUCUGUAAAGAAAACAAAGAAUUAGCUGUUGAAAAAGUCACUUAUCUUGGCAAUUUCUUUAAUGCUGAGAUAUUUGAGGUACCCUCAUCAUCAGUGUUGGAGGCAGCUACUAAUGAAUUUAAAGCACAGUUGUUUUCAGUAUGUGCCAGUAAUAUACUAGAUACAUCUAUAGGUGCUUCAGAUCUGAGAUGUUUGUACAAUAUAAUAGCUAACAACUUCCUGUGGUUGGAGAAACACCUGGACAUACAGAAUGUUCUACCUAAGACUCUUAACAUUCCUCAGCAUUUUACCAUUUCCACUGAUUCACCUACAACACCAGCAUUUGAUCCCACCCUAGAAUUUGAGUUGAUAGGAAAUCGAAAAUUUGAUCAUGAUGCAGUAAUGAAUUUCAACAUUGACUGGCAGAAGCUAUUAGCCUCAGACCUAGGCCUUAGUGAAUAUGGAUUUAGAACAUUACUUUAUAACAGACAUGAAAUGCAGGAUGGAGCAUACCUUGAGGAGAAUGAGAAGAAACCAGUAGAAGUACUUAGAUCUGUGUAUGAACAUGAAGACAGAGAGUUAGGAUAGUCAUAAAAAUAUAAUGGAGACUUGUUUUCCUUUUUACCAAAGAUAUUAUUGUAGAAGUAAUUCUCUUCUUACAUAUACGUAGAUUGUCAUUUACCUAGAAUAUUAUGCCAUUAUUUGGAUGAAAAAAAUUGUACAGCCACGUCUGCAGAGAAAAUUGUGUAUGAGGAUUUUGAUAUCUAGCAAUAUUAGACACAGACAUAGGCAUUGCAUAUGCUAUUUGAUUCGCACCUAAUUAUCAAUCUGUCAGAUUUCUAGGCCCUUAAAAAGUUUUUCUAUUUUCAUACUGCAGACAUCAUACUAUUUGUUUCCUAUUUAACUAACAAUUAUAUUUAUCAUUAACCUUUCUACAGUGAAACAUGUAGCAAAAUAUUUUUUCUGUAUCUCUGUUUGUUAAUAGUUGGAUUUAUUGUGUAAAAAUAAUCAAAUUAAGUCAUGCAUUAUAAUACUUAUUUUUUUCAUCUUUUUUUUUUACUAUCUUUUUUGACAAAUCAGGGAUUUUUAAUAUCCAUUUCAGAAAAUAGAAAAUUUUGAAGAAAAGUUGAAAAAAGAAAACAUGAAACUCUGACAUUUUUUUUUUCAUCCGAGGAUUCAUUGAAAUAAUUUGGAUUGUGUGAUUAUUUUUAAGAUUAUGAAUUAAAAGUACAUUUAUAAGUAUGGGAACCAUGGAAAAAGACAAUUCUAAUUAUUAUAAACAUGUACUUACUUUCUAUAUAUCUUUAAUUAUUUAUUUGAAUUUUUUAUAAUUAUUAUUUUUAUUACUUUGAUACUUAAUUGAAUUUUGCUCAUUGUUAACCAUGACAACAGAAACCUGCCGAUUAUUGUGUUGAUGUUUGUGUAACAUACAGAGUAUUUUUAUUAUCUCAUCAUUUAAUAAUAUGUAGGGAGAUAUUUAUUUAAAAAUGUCAAUAUAUUAUUCAGUAAUAAUCAGUUCAGUAGGAGAUAUUUCAGUGUAUACACUCUUGUGUAUGUUAAAUAUUAAAUUUUAAAUGACAGCUAAAAAGAUUUCAGUUCUGAAAAUUGUAUGACAUAGCAAUAAAUGAAAUCAUUUUAUUUUAGACACUGAAAGUUCUACUUUGAGCUGCUAUCAGAAAGCUCCAAUCCUUUUAUUAAGUCAGUAGAUAAGUUUUAUCAAUAUUAUAUCUAUUCAUCUUGAAAUCAUCCUGUUCACUUUCUCUAGUUCAGGCCAUUUUGAUUUCUAUGCCGGCAAGACAUUUUAUAUUUUUGUGUUUUCCAAAAUGUUUGGUUUCUAGCAUACUUGUUGAAGGUUUUUCCACAAACAUGUGUUUGGAACACAAAAAAAAUCACUUCAUAUGGAUUUUUGUACUGGCUUAACUCCUGAAAGACUAAAUGUUAAAUGUAAUUAGUGAUUCUAAUGGAAGGGUGAUACUGUAAAUUCAGAAAUUAUUGCAUGGUUUUUAUUUAUGCAAAUAAUGUGACUGGUAGAGUAUUGCAGUAAUAAGAACUCGCAUUCUAAAAUCUGAUAUAUAUAUCUUAAUGCAGUUUUUCCUGAAAUAGCAAUAAUUAACCUCACUUUUUUGUCUAGUCUUUAAAAAUCGCAAUGAUAAAUGCACUCAGUAAUUUCUGAAUUUACAGUAAAUGCUUCUUUGUUAAAAUUCUUUCCUUGCCAUUUAAUGUUGAAAAGUACUCCAAAGCAGCUGAUAUUUUUUUUUUUUAUAAACCACAAAGAUAAGGAACAUACAUGUUAGAAUUUAUAAUAUUGUUAAAAACUCCACACAAAACAUUUUUAUGUAGUGUUUUGUAAAUUGUUGUUCGUCUUUUUGUUGUUCUACGUUUUUCCAUGGUUUUGUCAGUCUCUCUUUUACUUUAGAGUUUUUAUUUUCUCUUUGGUAUUUGCUGCCUCUAUUUUAGAUAGAUCUUUAAUGAUAUACUGAAUAUUGAGUUACCAUGUACACACAGUAGUGCUAUAGUUUCUAGUCAUUUUAGUGUGUUUUAUACAUGUUUUAGUGUAGUAUUGAUUUCCGUCCAUUGUUCAUGUGUACAACUAAUGUGUAUUUGUGUCCUUUAUAUGUAAUACCCACCAAUGCCAUGUAAAAUGUGCCAACCCUUAAUAUUGUUAUAUAUUGAGAUUUUAAAGCAGGGAGAUUUAAAAUUAUAAAAGAUGUAAAACUUCUGUGUUGUGAAAAGAAAUAAUGUCUGAAGAAACUAGUCCACUUGUCUAUGGUAAUUACAUUUCAAAUCUUACGACUAUGAAAGGCAAUGUGUAUUAUGCUGUUUAAGAAGAUUAUUUUGACCAAGAACACAUUUUAUCCAUAUAAUUUUUAUGCCCUACCUACGAUAGUAGAAGGGCAUUAUGUUUUUCUUGUGUGGAUCCGUUCUUUGUCCGUCCGUCCGUCCGUUCGUCUGUCUGUCCCGCUUCAAGUUAAAGUUUUUGGUCAUGGUAGUUUUUGAUCAAGAUGAAGUCCAAUCAACUUGAAACUUAGUACACAUGUUCCCUAUGAUAUGAUCUUUCUAAUUUUAAUGUCAAAUUAGAGUUUUGACCCCAAUUUCACGGUCCACUGAACAUAGAAAAUGAUAGUGCGAUUGGGGCAUCUGUGUACUAUGGACACAUUCUUGUUUACAUUUACUAUUAAAAUAAUAAAACUGAACCCAAGUGGAAUAGAUUGACAUAUAUUAAUAUUUUGUUCAUACAUUUUUGUUGUUGCUCAUAAAUUAAAUAACAGUUAUUUGGAACUAAAGCUUAUACAUAUAUGUCUUUAUUAUUCAAUAUAAAAAAAAAGAUAUUUAGGAUAUUUUAAAUUAGAGUUGAAUUAAAUUUGGUUUUGAAUGCAGAUUAAAAGGGUUGUAACUGAAAUAUUAGAUGCUACAAUAUUUGUAUAGAAAUACGUUUUUUUUUUACAUAUUCAAGAUUAAUUUUUGAUCCUAUGUGUAACUUUAUAUUAAGAAACUCAAUUAAGAUCUGUCUGUGGAUUGUUGUCUGUGAUAUCAAUUUAAUUUACCUAUUUAUUAAAUAUAUAUUCAAUUUGA